AUGGAUAUUGAUCAAGAAGACAAAUAUCGGAAUGAUUAUUGGAGGCAGACUGACGAUUACACUUCUCAAGUUUAUAUUAAACAAGAGCCACAGGACCAAGCUCAAGAAAUGCCUGAAGGUGAUUCUGUAAAUCGGGUCUCAGCGUUGGCUACAAGUUUUUUAUCAAGAAUCGAACCGGAGGUCUUUGUAAAAUCAGAAGGAACUCCUGAAACAGCCGGUGAUACAAAGGCAGCACAGCUUAGCAUCGACCUUGUUGCAUAUUUUUGCAUGAAAUCUUGCCGGGCAUUCGAGCCAUUGGGACCUUCACACUCUCUUUUUAGCGUCCGACGGCGUAGAGAGCGAGAUCGUGAACGCGAACGUGAUCGUAGUCGAGAAAGACUUCGACGUGAACGUGAAGAAAGAGAGGAGAGAGAAUUAAGAAGAACUCGACGUUCAAGAAGGCGAAGCCGAAGCUUUAGUUCUAGGCGUCGUAGUCACAGUCCGAGACAUCGUUCGCGUUCUCGAUCGAUAACUCCUAUCGUUAGGAGGAGGAGGAAGUUGAACAAUUGGGAUGUUCCGCCUCCAGGUUAUGAAGGAAUGACUGCCGAGCAAGUAAAGGCGACAGGUCAUUUCCCACUCCCUGGACAGCCUGCUAGUACAAGGCCAGCGGCAGUACCCACUUCUCCAGUAAUACCGGGAAUGGAUCCUUCACGUGCUGCUAUGAUGAUGGGAAUGACUCAUGAACUUCCCCCUCGUCCCAAAGUUAGUCAGGGAGCAGCAGGUCCAGUUGCACAAACUGCUUCACUUGCAAGGCAAGCGAGACGUCUUUACGUUGGGAAUAUUCCAUAUGGUAUUGAUGAGAAUGGUCUAUCAGAUUUCUUUAAUUCAACUAUGGUUCAAUUAAAUAUUACUACAGCACCAGGCAAUCCUGUGAUCGCUGUUCAAAUAAAUCAUGAUAAAAACUAUGCAUUCGUCGAAUUUCGAGCUCCUGAAGAAGCAACAGCUGCGAUGGCUUUUGAUGGAAUUACAUUUCAAGGACAAUCAUUAAAAAUAAGGCGUCCAAAGGAUUACCAACCACCUCCGGGACAAAAUCUUGAGCCACCGCCAAUUCAUGUCCCUGGUGUAGUUUCUACUAACGUUCCUGAUAGUCCCAAUAAAAUCUUUAUUGGAGGAUUACCUACUUAUUUAAACGAUGAACAAGUUAUGGAGCUAUUAAAGUCCUUUGGUGAACUUCGAGCGUUCAAUCUAGUUAAAGAUAGUUUAACAGGUGUAUCUAAGGGUUUUGCGUUUUGUGAAUAUGUUGAUCCGACCGUUACUGAUUUGGCAUGUCAAGGUUUAAAUAACAUGGAACUUGGUGAUCGUAAACUUGUAGUGCAACGUGCAAGUGUAGGCUCCGCUAAAAAUGCAGGAGUUACGACCGUUUUACCUACUUCGGUGCUAAUUCCUACCGGUAACGGCGAAAUGCAACCAACCACAGUUCUUCAAUUACUUAAUAUGGUCACUCCUGAUGAAUUAGUAGAAGAUGAUGAAUAUGAAGACAUAUUUGAUGACGUUCGAGAGGAAUGCUCCAAAUUUGGAAAUGUAGUGGAUAUGAAGAUACCACGACCGGGACAUGGUGGAUCAGCAAGUGGUGUUGGAAAGAUUUUUGUGCGUUAUGAAUCAAUAGACCAAGCGGGUAUCGCACUUCGUGCAUUGGCUGGUAGGAAAUUUGCUGAACGUACUGUUCUAACAUCAUAUAUUUAUGAAGACACUUAUUUUGCUGAGGACUUUUAA